AGAGUCAUUUGGCCUAAGAAUCAAAUCAGAGGCAAAUAGCUAAAGUUGGCGAAACAAUCACAGCAGCAACUGUCCAUUCUCGCAUACUAAAAUAAAAAUCCGCUUUUCUAACGGUCACCAAACAGACGCAGUUCUCUCAAUUUCUAUCCUCUGACAAACAACACUUUGAGUUGGUUUUUCUCUGAGUCUGCCUCACCAGAGUUUAGAAGAUGGGAUCAGGUCAAUGGUUGAUGGCGAAAAGGGCUAGUUUCAGGAGUGAUUCAUUCUUAGACAAUGAGAAUGUGCCAGAAACUGGUUGUCUUUCGAUUGUUGUUCUUGGUGCUUCCGGUGACCUUGCUAAGAAGAAGACUUUUCCUGCUCUCUUCAAUCUCUACAGCCAGGGAUUUUUAACAUCAAAUGAUGUUCACAUUUUUGGCUAUGCAAGGACUAAGAUUUCAGAUGAUCAGCUGAGAAAUCGCAUCCGUGGAUGUCUUACCAGUUCCAAAGAAGAGGAAGUAUCAGAGUUUUUGCAACUGAUUAAAUAUGUAAGUGGUUCUUAUGAUACCGACGAGGGCUUUCAGCUGCUGGACAAGGAAAUUUCAGAACAUGAAUUCUCAAAAAACAGUGUAGAAGUAUCAUCCCGCAGACUUUUCUAUCUUGCACUUCCCCCGUCAGUAUAUCCAUCUGUAUGCAGGAUGAUUAAGCAGUGUUGCAUGGAUAAAUCUAAUCUUGGUGGAUGGACUAGGAUUGUUGUUGAGAAGCCAUUUGGCAAGGAUUUGGCCUCAGCUGAGGAACUUAGUGACCAGAUAGGAGAGUUGUUUGAUGAAUCACAAAUUUACCGUAUUGAUCACUAUUUGGGAAAGGAAUUGGUGCAAAACUUGCUGGUAAUUCGCUUUGCAAAUCGUUUCUUUAUGCCUCUCUGGAAUCGUGACAACAUUGACAAUGUACAGAUUGUCUUUAGGGAGGAUUUUGGAACUGAUGGUCGAGGAGGAUAUUUUGAUGAAUAUGGGAUUAUCCGAGAUAUUAUUCAGAAUCAUCUUUUACAGGUUCUUUCUCUUGUUGCUAUGGAAAAGCCUGUCUCUUUGAAACCUGAGCACAUCCGAGAUGAGAAAGUGAAGGUUCUCCAAUCGGUACUCCCAAUCAAUGAUGAAGAUGUUGUUCUUGGACAAUACGAUGGCUAUAGGGAUGAUCCAACAGUUCCUGACCACUCAAAUACCCCAACUUUUGCUACUGUGGUUUUGCACAUACAUAAUGAAAGAUGGGAAGGUGUUCCCUUUAUAUUAAAGGCAGGGAAAGCAUUGAGUUCAAGGAAAGCAGAGAUACGUGUUCAAUUUAAGGAUGUUCCUGGUGAUAUAUUCAAAUGCCGAAAGCAAGGAAGAAAUGAAAUUGUAAUACGCCUUCAACCGUCAGAAGCCAUUUACAUGAAGCUGGCAGUCAAGCAGCCUGGUUUGGAGAUGUCCACGGUACAAAGUGAACUAGACUUGUCAUAUAGUCAACGUUAUCAAAAUGUUAUAAUCCCGGAGGCUUAUGAGCGCCUUAUUCUUGACACUAUUCGAGGCGAUCAGCAGCAUUUUGUUCGCAGAGAUGAGUUGAAGGCAGCCUGGGAGAUUUUCACACCUCUUCUUCACAGAAUUGACAACGGGGAAAUGAAGCCAUUAGCGUACAAACCAGGCAGCCGCGGUCCUGCUGAAGCAGAUGAGCUUCUAGCCAAAGCUGGUUAUGUUCAAACACGUGGGUAUAUAUGGAUUCCUCCCACCUUAUAGAGAGAUUUUAGCAUGCCCAAUAAAUGCCGUCUAAGUUGAGUUUUCGUUAGCGCAAAUUGUAACUCAUCACUAAUAUAGCGCAAUGUUAAACGAUCUAUUCCCCUGGGCCACCUAUCAACAGAUUGUUGAAAAAACAAGCUAUUUUUCAGCUGAAAUCUUUCUCAGCUGUCUGGUCCAGAAUAAGAAUCUGUUGUGUGUAAAACAUGCUUGAAUUUCCGUAUCACAAUGCUUUCUGGGCAUUGAUGCAUUUUUGGGUAAUUGAAGUUUCAAUUUCUUCUCCGAAAAGCUACUCGAUACUUUUGUUGAGAAGGACUUCAGAUCUUACUUUAGUCCGAUUGCUAAUGCUUAGCAAAGAAGCAACAUUAGUGUUUAAAGUAUCUUCUUCGAGUGGGCUUACAUGUGGGUGAUUUUCUGAGUGUUCAAAUGUAGCACAUUUUAAUGUUUGAUUUGGAUAAGAUCAUUGUUUGAAUAAGCGUGAAACUUCGCAUGGAAGUCAAAUUUAUGUCCCCACUUUGGGCAAUUACCUUUUUCC